AUGGAUAGCAAAGAAUAUCUUAUAUCGUAUGGUUGGAAAGAAGGAGAAGCGUUCAAAGAAGGUGGUUUGAAAAGGCCCAUACUGGUAAAGCACAAGAGAGAUAAGAAGGGAUUGGGCAAUGCCCCUGGUGGGAAUGAUGGUGAAGCAUGGUGGGAAAGACUGUUUGAUGGACAUCUGAAGAACUUGGAUGUAAGUACUGAUUCGAAUAAUGGCAGUAUUAAGUUUACUCAGAAUGAGGCAGUUGUUUCUGCUGUAUCGAAAAGUAGCUCACCUUUAUACAGAUGGUUCGUAAAAGGGGAAGGUUUGAAAGGAACCAUCGCUAACCUUGGCAAAAAGGAAGAAACCAAUUUUGUUAUAUCCAGCGCAAGUUCGAGUAAAGCGAAGAAGAAGAGAAAUAGGAGUGAUGAUUAUGAUGAUGAUAAGGCCAAGAGAAAGAAGUUGAAAAAAGCUAAAAGGAGCAGUAACGAUGGGAAGAGUAAAAAGGAGAAAAAAAGUAAGAAGGAGAGUAAAAAAGCAAAGAAAAGUAAGCAUAACAGUAAUGGAGGUGAUAAAUCAAAGCAUAGAAAGGAUAAAAAGUCCAAAAAGCAUAAAAGGGAAGAAAUUCCAACUAAAAAAGAUAAAAAGGAGCAUAUAUGA